AUUCCUUCUGCUCGCCGCAGAUUUCCCGUCAAUUGCGUAGAGGUUUGAGGCACACUUAUCCGGGAUUGUGCUGGAACUUCUGCUCGCGCACCAUGGCCUCAACUCUCACAUUCCUGGCGCGACAUGCGCCCAAGAGACUUUGUGUCUCGAGUUCCAUACCAAACACAGCGGCCCGCCUCGCAGCCCCCAGACUCUUCUCCAAUUCUUCCGCCGCCCGACAGUACGAUGAAUCCGCAUAUCAAGCAACCAGACUCAUUCCAACCGGCCCCGAUUUCCGACCCCAUUCGCCGACCGCAGUUGGCGAGGCAUCCGGCCUGGAAUCCGAUGCUGGCCAUAACCGAAAGAUCCGUCACUAUACAGUCAACUUUGGGCCACAACAUCCCGCGGCCCACGGUGUGUUGCGAUUGAUUCUGGAACUCAAUGGCGAAGAGAUUGUUCGCGCUGACCCGCACGUCGGACUUUUGCACCGUGGAACCGAGAAGUUGAUCGAGUAUAAGACAUAUCUGCAAGCCCUUCCAUACUUCGAUCGCCUGGACUACGUUUCCAUGAUGACCAAUGAACAAUGCUACUCGUUAGCUGUGGAGAAAUUGUUAAAUAUCGAGAUCCCGGAGAGAGCAAAGUGGAUUAGAACAUUGUUCGGCGAGAUUACUAGAAUUCUUAACCACCUGAUGUCCGUUUUGUCCCACGCUAUGGACGUUGGCGCUUUAACACCAUUCUUGUGGGGUUUCGAGGAACGAGAAAAAUUGAUGGAAUUUUACGAAAGAGUUUCCGGCGCUCGUCUCCAUGCUGCAUAUGUUCGACCUGGAGGCGUUCAUCAAGAUAUCCCUCUCGGCCUCCUCGACGAUAUCUAUCAAUGGGCUACUCAAUUUGGUGACCGCAUCGACGAAACCGAAGAACUUCUCACAGACAACAGAAUUUGGAAAGCCAGAACCCAAGGGAUCGGUGUCGUCUCAGCCGCAGAUGCCCUCAAUUUCGGCUUCACUGGUGUCAUGCUGCGAGGCUCCGGUGUGCCAUGGGACAUUCGUAAGUCGCAGCCAUAUGACGCCUACGACCAGGUCGAGUUUGAUGUGCCUGUCGGAGUCAAUGGAGAUUGCUACGACCGAUAUCUUUGCCGUAUGGAGGAAUUCCGGCAAUCGCUUCGAAUCAUCCACCAGUGCUUGAACAAAAUGCCAGCCGGCCCAGUUCGAGUGGAAGACUACAAGAUUAACCCGCCUCCCCGUGCCGCCAUGAAGGAGAAUAUGGAAGCUUUGAUUCACCACUUCUUGCUCUUUACAAAGGGUUACGCAGUUCCUCCUGGAGAGACAUAUUCUGCCAUUGAAGCUCCCAAGGGUGAAAUGGGUGUGUACAUUGUCAGCGAUGGAAGUGAGAGACCUUAUAGAUGUAAGAUCCGUGCUCCGGGAUUCGCCCAUCUCGGAUGCUUCGAUCAGAUUUCUCGAGGUCAUCUCUUAGCUGACGCCGUCGCUAUUAUUGGUACCAUGGAUCUUGUGUUUGGAGAGGUUGACAGAUAACCUACUUGCAUAAGUGAAAAGUAUUUGCUACCAAUUCGAUCUAGUACAUAGCCAGCUAUUCUUCGCUAAACAUUACUCGAGGGCACGAGUGGCUAGAUGGGGAUGAAUUGUUUUACAUUACCUACUCCUACUACUUUGCAUGUACCCUUUUCCUAGCUGUCUGUUGCAAUAUAUGUUCCUUUCUUCCAUUUCUAUGCAAGGCCAUUAUCUUGGUGUGAAUUGUAGUUCAUUAGACCUGGAGUGCUAGCGUGAACCGAGUCGUCUCCCGUGCAAGGGGGGAAAGAAAAAAGAAAAAGUCGGUCUGACUUCUUGUGGUAGACUCUACGUGAAAACAAUGGUUGUAUCAAAAUUUCAUCAGUCAUAAGAAUGGUCAGUGUCCAGCCUUAAAUAAAAGGCAAGAACGACAACCUUAGCAGCCACAAAAAAGCACAUAAGAGUCAUCUGUAGCAAGGAUACGUAGGAGACAAACUUCCCUCGCAUUUCCAUUGCCCAAGUGUUGUAGAGCCAAAUGGCACAAGGCCUCUAUCCAAACCGCGCGCAAUCCGUGAAUAACAAAAGGCUAGAGGCAGAUUAUUUUCCCUCUUGAUUCGUAUGCAUUUAUUCAAACUCCGUCGUCGUCAUAUUCAAAUAAAAGAUCCCUUGGCCUUGGGCGGGACCCAGGAGGGAAAUCCCCAUCAUCAGGUGGUCUUUCGUUCCUGGUAUUUCCUGUGAGCAUGCUCUGGAUGCUCAUGCAGACGCUUUCUACCGUUUGUACGGGGGUCCAGCCUGUGGAGCCGAGGAGGUCAAGACAUAUGAUUCCAUUGCUGUAGACAUGGGGAUGGAUGGGGAUGCGACGGGGCGUCGGCGAUGACUGAGGAAGGGAGAUGAAUAUGACUUCGGGAGCCUCUGUGAUCAAAGCCUAUGAUGAGCAUUUAUUCAU